AUGUUGCUGAGAGAGAUGGAGAAGUAUGAGCCUGUUAUGUCCCAUCUCCAACUAAUGAUUAAGUCUUAUAUUCAAGAGGUUGGAUUGAUGGAUGUGGAUAUUACCACUGUUUUGAAGAGGAAGCCGACUACCAUUCCUAAGGAAGCUCCGAAAGACUUUGAGAAAUUAAAGCCAGGGAAGAUAUACAAGGAAGGAUGGUUCGUAGUGUAUCAACUCAGAGAACGAAUAAAAGCUGACUUUCGCAAGUCUUACUUCUAUCUCGAAGAUACACAUUUAUACAACAUUGCCUAUCUGGAAUUUAUAUUGGACGUGAUUACCAAGUUCAAGGGCAACAACAAGGAUGGUGUCAAGUGCUUUUCUAAAAUGUUACUUUUUAUCCAAGUUCGCAAGAUGCUGCUGAGCUUUAUUCCAAAAAUCUAUGAAGUGUAG